UAAAAAAAGUUACUAUCUCGGAAAUAUAAAAGAUAAAUUCUCAUCCCGCAUUCCAUUCAGUUCCGUGUUCUCCUACUAGUGAAGAUUAAUUAGCGUGCAAAGCGUACAAGAGAAACGCGAAGAAAGGAAAAAUAUAAAAAUGAAAAAUUUUAUCUCGAUUUUAAUGCUAUUAGCAGCAAUUAUAGCAUUUACACAUGCUCACACAAUAUUAGUUCCUGGAAAAUCUAAUCCGUUUCCUGGACAUGGACCUUUUAACCCUAAUCAACCGAAACCGUGGGGCAAACCAGCACCUCAACAUCGUUUUCGAAGAUCCGAUGAUGAAAAAAAGAAUCAUAUAAAGAUUGAGGGUCAAAGGGAGAGAGGAAGUUCUUCAUAUAAUGUUGAUUAUGGGCGCACUAUUCACGAAAAUAAACAUGGAAGUGUCAUCCUCCAUGGAGGAAUGAACAAAGAUUCACAUGGCAGACCAGAUAAACACGUUGGAGUUCAAGGACAAUGGCGUUUCUAAUUAAAUUCAAUUGGAUAUUCUGACUUUAGAUCUCAACUAUUUUAGAAAUUAAAAGAGAAUUUAAUUAAAAUUUUCAAUAUAUAUUGUCUGUUUGAAAGUAUAUUAAUUUCGCAGCGAAUAAAAUAAAUAAAAAUAUUUAAAAAACAUA